UCCUCUGUGAGCCAGUGCAUACUGGUUCUGAUUCACACAGAGGUUGGGUUUUCUCAACUAACCAAUCACGAGUCUCCAUAUCAGCCAAUCAGAAAGCAGAAACACUUCUCUUCCUGUUUGGCCGACGGACACAUAUUAUCUGAAUCACCCUGACUUGGUUUAAGUCUUUGAGAGCAAGUGAUGAUGGGAGGAAUUAAACAAGAGCAGAGUGAUGGAUCUCAGCAGCCCAAAGCGUCACACACCGUGGACCAACAAGAGGAGCCAAAGAAGCGAGGUUGGCCAAAGGGAAAGAAAAGAAAGAAGGUUCUACCUAAUGGUCCUAAGGCGCCAGUAACAGGAUACGUCCGCUUCCUAAAUGAGCGACGAGAAGUUAUGAGAGCCCAGUACCCCGACUUACCUUUUCCAGAGAUCACAAAGAGACUCGGAGCAGAGUGGACACGAUUAGCCCCAAAUGACAAACAGCGCUAUCUUGAUGAGGCGGAGCGAGAGAAGAUGCAGUAUGCCCAGGAGCUGAAGGAAUAUCAGCAGACUGAGGCCUACCACAUCACCAGUGCCAAGAUACACGACAAGAAGAUUAAAAAAGAAGACAGUCUGUCAGUUGUUGUCAGUUCUAGUUCAGGAUUGUCUUUAACAAAGGCUUCUGAGCUCCCAAGCAGAUUUGACAUUCCAAUUUUCACUGAAGAGUUCCUGGAUCAAAAUAAAGCUCGAGAAGCUGAGUUGCGACGGCUUCGGAAGGCAAACAUUGAGUUUGAAGAGCAGAAUGCCGUGCUUCAGCGCCACAUCAACGACAUGAACAACGCUAAAGAACGUCUGGAGGCUGAACUGGGGCAGGACGAGAAGCGUACACAGGCUCUUCAUCAGCACUUGCUGGCCAUUAAACACACGCUGGUCAGCAGUCUCUCAUCAGUCCCUCUGCCAGGUACAGGGGAGAUGGCAUCUCUUGGUAAUCUUGACUCAUACCUGAGUCGACUCAGUGGAGUCCUGGAGGGAAAUCCUCAGAAACAUCAUGCCCUGCUCAGCCAACUUCACGAGGUCUUUUCUCAUCUUGACAGUGAGAAGUUAUGAGGAAACUCCAACUAGAUGCCCAUCCAGCUAUGCCUCAUCAGGACACAUGAUAGUAAUAAUCCAUGUCAGUUCCUAUCAACAGAGCAUGUGGGUGUGAUCACAUCUGCAAAGUAAAUGGUACAAAUUCUUCUGAACAACACGUCUAUUGUUUGUAGAUACAUGUAUUUUGUAUGACACAUGUUAUUCUGAAUGUGAAUCUGUGCGGCAGCAUGCAAAUAUUCUGUCAAACUAAGUCUAGUUUUCUCUUGAACUGACCCAGCUGGACAAAUAAGGUUGACUUUAAUUGUGUUUUAUAGCUUUUUAUCAGCAGUUGUCCACAGAUUCAUGGCAGAUUAAAUAUAGCAUGUAUAUAAUUGUUUGUAUUGUGCUUCGAAUGCAUUGACGAAAGGAAAAAGUAUUGGCAGGGCUAAAUCUCAAAUGCUGGGGUAUAAAAUGUUGGAUUUUUGAAAUUGCCAGGUUGUGGGAUGAACAUGAUGUUUCAAAGGUUGUCAGAACAUUAUGUGUUUCCAGUGUAUUUGUAUUUUUUUUACAGAUGUUCAAUAAAUUAUAUUGAACUCAUUGUUUUCAACAAAAAAGGAAUGUGUUAAAUUUAAUUUCCUCCUAUUGGUGAAAGACAUGGCCUUAAAAUGUACAACUAAAGGUUAGAAUCACGUCCCUGAACAGCUUAUGAAGCUGCAGUAGCCAUAAAGUUAAAAUACUGUACAAGGAUUUUGGUGAAAUGGGAUAAAAACUGGCUUCUUGCAAAACCGAAGCCCACCAGCAGGGGGGUACGUUGACCCUUUCACAUUAUUUAUCAAGCCCAAUUAUUUUUAGUGUAAACGACAGGUUAAUUCCUUGUUUAGUGACUUGACAUGGUUCAGCUUGCCACUUUUGGAUAGUCAAAAUAAACAGGUAUUUUUAGAUGAGUACAAUUUUACAUUUAUAAGACAUUGUGUAUCCUUUAAAGUUUAAUGUGUAAUGUUUAUCUCAGAAAAUGCAAAAAUCCCAACGUGUAAUUCUAGCUGUAUGGUAUGGAGUUGAGGAAGUAUUUAAACAGUUUUUUGUGAGCUGUUUUAUAAAAGUCUUUUUACAGAACAAUACGGAUAAGAUGACACUUUUAGAGCGCUGUAAUGUGAUGUAGUAUUUAUUAGUCGCGCUGUAUUUAUAAAGUACCAAUUAUUAACUUUAAUUAAUUAAUUCAUGUGUGAGCCAGUACAGUUGUGUUCACUGCAGCCCGGCCAAAUGCAGUUAGUCCAUUUUGAAACGAUCAUAUAGAGUGCAAUUAUUUUAUAAGCUUCAUCCUUAUUCAAGUCAGCUUAUUCAAAUUUAGUUAAUUUUCAGUUCAAACUAACACAAAAUCCAAUUUGUGCUAUCAGAUAAAAUAAGCACUGCAACAACUUUUUCUUUGUCUUCAAAUAUCACAGUUUUACUGAGUUUCUGGUAAAAUAUGUAAAUUUAAUAGUGUUGUAAAUGGGGUUAAGUGUUCAUACCAAUUAAACUUUUUCACAAUU